UUUCUGUGUCAGCCGACGGGAACAGAAAUGGACUGCUUUAACCUUUCGCAGAUUUUACCAAAUUCUCCUAGGAAAACGAGGGGUCAAAUCCAGGUGAUUUUCGGGCCGAUGUUUUCGGGGAAAAGCACGGAGCUGAUGCGCAGAGUUCGGCGCUUCCAGAUCGCGCAGUACAACUGCCUGGUGAUCAAAUACGCAAAAGAUACGCGCUACUCGGACACGGGGAUGGCCACCCACGACAAAUACACGAUGGAGGCAGUUUCUGCCAAUCGGCUGAGGGACGUACACAAGCUGGCGCUGGACGCCAGUGUCAUCGGCAUCGAUGAGGGACAGUUUUUCCCGGACACCGUGGAGUUCUGCGAGGAGAUGGCCAACCGGGGCAAGACCGUCAUCGUGGCUGCGCUCGACGGAACAUUCCAGAGAAAGGCGUUUGGGAACAUUCUGAGCCUGGUUCCGCUGGCGGAGAGCGUGGUGAAGCUGAACGCCGUCUGCAUGCAGUGCUACAAGGAGGCGGCCUACACCAAGAGGCUGGGGGAGGAGACGGAGGUGGAGGUGAUCGGGGGUGCGGACAAGUACCAGGCGGUGUGCAGAGUGUGCUACGGCGGGCUGAUGAGCAAUAAAGAGAACAGCACCCCCCGGAGGGAGGAGACGCCCCGACAUGCUCUUCCAGGGAGACAGCUGGACCCCAACGUUCCCCGAAAACUCUUCAGCACCCUGCACAUCUGAGCCAGACCAUCACUGAGCAUGCUCAGUCAGGCCCACCAUGGCCCAGGGCACAAU